AAUGAGCGGGCGCAAACGCCUCGGGAAGCCCGGCCUCCCUAAUUUCAACAGAUUGAAAUGUAAGCCUGUCUCCGGCGCCUUCGGGAAACAGAAAGAGAAUUUUGUCCCCUCUUCUUCAUUUUGUCGCGCAAGAAGUGUUAUUUUAUUUUUCUCUCGAGGGUGGACACGCUGGACGCGCGGCAGGAUCCACGGAGGCGGUUCAGUGCGGACACCGUGUACUUCCUUUGCGGCUUCAACACGAUGGAACCUGCCUUCGGUGAGGUGAACCAGCUCGGCGGUGUCUUCGUGAACGGCCGGCCUCUCCCCAACGCCAUCCGCCUCCGCAUCGUGGAGCUGGCCCAGCUCGGGAUCCGACCGUGCGACAUCAGCCGCCAGCUGCGCGUCUCCCACGGCUGCGUGAGCAAGAUCCUGGCCCGCUACAACGAGACCGGCUCCAUCCUGCCGGGGGCCAUCGGCGGCAGCAAGCCGCGGGUCACCACGCCCACCGUCGUCAAGCACAUACGGACUUACAAGCAACGGGACCCGGGGAUUUUCGCCUGGGAGAUCCGGGACAGGUUGCUGGCGGACGGGGUGUGCGACAAGUUCAACCUGCCCUCCGUGAGCUCCAUCAGCCGGAUCCUGCGGAACAAGAUCGGGAACCUGGCGCAGCAGAGCCAGUACGAGUCGGGCAAGCAGGCGCCUCACCCGCCGCCGCAGCCAUCGUUACCCUACAACCACUUGUACUCAUACUCGGCGUCCAAAGUGCCCAAUCCGCCCGGCAUGCCCACUCUUCCCGGACACAUGGCCAUGCACAGGAUAUGGCCCUCCUCGCACUCAGUCACAGAUAUUCUGGGGAUUCGAUCUAUCACAGAGCAACAAAUUAGUGACAGUCCAUCCUUUUCCAGCGCCAAACUAGAGGAAUGGAGUGCUAUAAACAGGAGUAAUUUCCCACCAGCAAGCUCUUCACUAGUCAAUGGCAUGGAUAAGGCGCAUUUAGAACCCCACGAAGCAAAAUACACGCAGACGCCGAGUGGAUUGCCCACAGUGAACAGCUAUGUCACAGCGCCCAGCAUCCCUCCCUACCACCCUCCCACCCAAGUGUCACCCUACAUGGGGUACAGCGCCACCACGUCGGCCUAUGUGACCGGACCCACAUGGCAGCCGGCCAGUGGCAGUGCUCUAUCUCCCCACAGCUGUGACAUCGCCGCCCCUCUGGCCUUCAAGAGCAUGGCGGCCAGCCGUGACGGCUUCCACCCGGUCGCUGCGUCGGCGCUCUGAGGUCCCCUUCUGAGGACUGGAGACGAACAUGGGGGGAAACAGUGGAAGGAGUGGGGGGGUGAGAGCGAGUGGACAGGACAGGAGACUUCAGGUCUUGUUGUUUUUCUCCCUCUGCCACCCUUCUAUGAAGGACUCAGAGCCAUGAGUCGGUCCAUCGAGAGCAGGCCGCUUUCCCCCCCCAAACCCCCCCUCGACUCCCCCACUCCCCUUCAAGGUCAACACGGCGAGACCAAAGACUCACAGGGAGUAAACGGACAAUACAACAAACUCGUUGUCUAAAAAGAACUUGUGGAACAGGUGUUCUGAAGGGACUGGUGCGUGACCACCACUCCACCCAUCAACACAAUUCCUCUCAGAUCCUUAACUGCACAGUCUUUGGGCAGAAACGGGGUAAUGUACAACUUCAGACAUAUACAAUCAACCUAAGGGAAAACACUUUGCACAAGUGUUUCAGGGUGCUUGUUAAUUACUAUUGCUUUUUUUUUUUAAAUUUUUGUAUACUUCUUGUUGUUUAUGAUUUAAAAGAUGGAGCAGUGCUUUUCCCACUCCACUAAAAGUGAAGCCAAAGAAAGAGCUCCACACAGAAGUCUUAUUUAUUAGAUUAAGGUACGUUGAAUGAAGUGCAAUUAGCGUUGCAGAAUGCAUGGCAGUCUCCAUGCACAUUUGGACAGAAUUGGAAUUACGUUGCAGAGCAUUAACAAUUGACAAAUGUUGCACAGUGGAAUUGAAUGUAUCUUAUUAAAUUGUUUGGCUGUUUACUGGUU